GGCCUGAAGAAGCGCGCCAGCGAUUGCAUGGCGACUGGCCUUGCGCAGAUCUCCCAGGCGAAGAACUUGCUGGAGCGCAUGCGGACAGAUGCGAUGGCUUCGUCGAGUACCCCGCAGCUCGACGAGAGGCUUGAGGCGAUCAUCUCGAAGACCGAGGCCGACCUUCAGGGCGAUGAAAUGUUCAAGGCGAUGACGGAGGGCAAAUCCCUGGUCAUCCCGACCGAGCCGAAAGACAUGAAGAGGGCGUUGUCGCGGUGCGCAGACCACGAGGGCAACUUGGAGAAGCUCGGCAGGGCCGUCAAGCGCAUCCACGACUUCGAGGAGUUCAACGCGCAGCAGCUCUCGAGCCAGGAGUGA